AUGGUUGGUUGUCUUCUCAUUGGGGCUAUCCCAACUGCUUUAACACCAUUUAUCAGCAGUGCUUCAGAAUUGAUCGCAAUACGAUUUUUCGUCGGUAUUCUAGGAGGAACUUUUGUUCCAUGUCAAGUCUGGACAAGUCAAUUCUUCGACAAAAAUAUUAUUGGACUAGCAAAUGCUUUAACUGCAGGAUGGGGCAAUGCAGGAGGUGGCGUUACAUUUUUUCUCAUGCCAGCAGUUGUAUCUUCGCUCAUGAACAACCAUGGCAUAAGUCAAUAUUGGGCAUGGCGAAUUGCUUUUCCAAUGUGUCCACUAGUGAUUAUUGUUUGUGUUGCCAUCGCCACUCUUGUCUUUGGACACGACACUCCGAAUGGACCAUGGAACAGUCGAAAUUUGCACCAAGACAUUAAAACAGAUUGUACUCAAGUGCUUAAUGGAGCUGAGCUUCCGGUUAACAAUGACGAAAGUAUUGCAAUGACUGAAGCAUCUUCUCACUUAAAAGAUGAAGACACAAGCUUUAUUUCUCAUCCAAAGACUGCAAUAGUCACUGACAUAUCAGAUAGGCCUAAUGAACUGAACAAUACUCGAAUCGUUGCAAUUAACGAUGAAAUAGUUCGGGCACCAUCAGCUAUAGAUGUAUGGAAAAUUGUCUUUUCAUCACGCACUCUACUGGUUGCACUUCCUUACCUGUGUUCAUUUGGUUCCGAACUUGCUGUCGAAGGAAUUAUUUCUGAUUUUUAUAUUCAAACCACAAAAAUUCAAGAUGGAAUCGUUUGGAAUUCCCAAACAGCUGGAAACUGGGCUGCUGUCUUUGGGCUUUUGAAUAUUGUUACUAGACCUUUGGGAGGAUAUAUUUCUGAUGUACUGUAUCAACAUAAAGGACUUAGUGCGAAGAAAUGGUGGCUAAUCUUUCUUGGAGUUGUGCAAGGUGUCUUCUUCAUUUGGAUUGGAUUUGCAAAAUGCAAGAUUUACUAUUUGAUUAUGUUCAUGACAGGUCUAGCAAUAUUUAUGGAGGCAGCAAAUGGAGCCAUUUUUUCUUUAGUUCCUGCUAUUCAUCCAAAAUUUACGGGUAUUGUUUCAGGUGUAACUGGGGCAUCUGGGAACGUGGGUGGAAUUUUGUUCAGCUUAGCUUUUCGAUUUCUUGGAACUGAUUAUCAGACAGCUUUGUGGAUUAUUGGAAUGGUCUGUUUAGGUUCAAAUCUUGCAGUUAUCUGCAUACCACUGCAAUAA